AUGGGCACGUUUGAGAGUUUCAGGAAGGCCUAUGGAGCGCUCAAGGAUUCCACCAAGGUUGGCCUGGCAAAAGUCAACAGUGAAUUCAAGGAUUUGGAUAUAGCGAUCGUGAAAGCGACCAAUCAUGUUGAAUGUCCGCCCAAGGAACGCCACGUUAGAAAAAUCUUUUCGGCAACAUCAGUCGUGCGGCCAAGGGCAGACGUCGCAUACUGCAUCCAUGCGCUUUCUAAGAGACUAUCCAAGACACGGAAUUGGAUUGUGGCGUUGAAGACUUUGAUAGUCAUUCAUAGGACAUUGAGAGAGGGAGACCCAACAUUUAGAGAAGAGCUGUUAAACUAUUCACAUAGAGGGCAAAUUCUCCAGAUUUCCUAUUUCAAAGACGAUUCAAGCCCCCUUGCAUGGGAUUGCUCUGCGUGGGUACGGACUUAUGCUCUCUUUCUUGAGGAACGACUCGAGUGCUUUAGAAUUUUGAAGUACGACAUUGAAACCGAGCGCUUAACCAAGUCAUCUCCAGGAUCAACAAAGGCACACAGCAGAACGCGACUUUUGAAUGGGGAGGAAUUGCUAGAACAAUUACCAGCAUUGCAACAGCUUCUUUACCGCCUUAUCGGUUGCCAUCCUGAAGGAUCAGCUUACUGCAAUUAUCUCAUACAGUAUGCCUUGGCCUUGGUACUAAAAGAGAGCUUCAAAAUAUAUUGUGCCAUUAACGACGGAAUCAUCAACCUCGUGGACAUGUUUUUCGAUAUGUCAAGACAUGACGCUGUCAAGGCACUCAAUAUUUAUAAAAGAGCUGGACAGCAGGCUGAAACUUUGGCGGACUUUUAUGAGUACUGCAAGGGCUUGGAGCUGGCAAGGAAUUUUCAAUUUCCAAUGCUAAGACAGCCACCUCCAUCAUUUCUUACAACCAUGGAAGAAUACAUUAAAGAAGCUCCUCAGACAGGUUCUGUGAGCAAAAGACUGGAAUAUCGAGAAUCCGAUAACCUAUCAGUAAAGACAGAGGAACCUGCGGAACCAUCAGAAAGCGAAAAGCAAGUUGAAGAGGUUGAAGAGAAACAUGAAGUGGUGGAAGAGGAGGAAGAGAAGCAACCCAAGGAAGAGGUUGAAGAUGCGCCAGUGAUAUCAACAGCAGAUACCGGCGAUCUCCUUGGUUUGAAUGAAGUAAACCCUAAAGCUGCAGAACUAGAGGAAAACAAUGCUUUGGCUCUUGCAAUUGUACCACCCGGUGGCAAUCCCCUAUCUUCCGCAAAUCAAGGACUAAGUUUAAUGGACAUGUCAAGUAGUUCUGGCUGGGAGCUAGCACUGGUUACCACUCCUGCCGUCGACAUCAGCAAACCCGUGGAAAGGAGAAUGGCCGGUGGAUUUGACAAUCUAUUGCUAGAUAGCUUGUAUGAUGAUGAAGCUGCGAGGCGACAGAUUCAGUUGCAAAAUGCAGGGUACGGACAGGGAAUGGCCGUGCAACUGCACAAUCAAUUCGAUCAACAUCCUCAUCCUCAUCAACCACAACCCGACCCAUUUGCGAUGUCCAGCAACAUAGCCGCCCCGACCAAUGUCCAAAUGGCCUUGAUGGCUCAGCAGCAGCAACAGCUGUGGCAGCAACAGCAGCAGCAACAGCACAAUGCGAUGACGAUGGUGCCGUACGACCCGGCCAUGCAGUAUUCUCAACAGCCUCAACCCAUGCCGCAAACAGGUGGUUCUUCCAAUCCAUUCGGAGAUCCAUUUCCUUCCUUUCCACAGCAUUCAAUGCAACAGCAAGAGAACCACCGUUUAAUUUAG